GACAAGGGUACUCUUUCCGAGGUGCAUGACGUAACAGAGUCGUCGUCUGGCGCGGUGUUUCUUAAGUGGCCAUUUUGCUCUCAACUGCACGUCUAAUUAAGGUGCGUCCACCCUUCCUUCGGUUCGGCCCAUCACCACCACCACCACCACCACCAUCACCAUCACCAGCGUGGCGAUGGACCCAAAGCAGUAUGAACGCAGCGGCAGAUCAAAUACCGAAUCGCCACCUGCUCCGCCCUCGCCUCCCAUGUAUAGCACAGGUUACAGCACGACACAUGAGGCACAGAGCCACAAGGGCAGAGUUACAAGUGCUGCGCGGCGUUCGCCCUCGCCUCCCGGCAUGGACUACCAUCAACAACGGAGCGGUAGAUCCUCGCGGAAAGACUCACCGGCACCCUCUCAGGAGCGACGCAAGCGCAGCCGUCGCAGUGGCACCAGAUCACCGCCCUCUGGACGCUCUCACAGACGAUCCAGGUCCAAUGAUCGGGAUCGGGAUCGGGAUCGGGAUCGGGACCGCGACCGCGACCGCGAACGCGACAGAGACUCGCGGUCGUCGCGCAAAUACUCGAGAAGGGACAGAUCGCGGUCAAGGUCGCGUGGACGGUCGCGCUCGCGGGACAGGAGGCGAAGUCGAAGUCGCAAUCGCAGUAGGGACAGGGACAGGCACAGAUACAGUCGCAGGCAUCAUGCCAGAGCGACCUCUUACGAGUCCUCUGAUGCUUUGGAGGAGCAUGGAGGGGACGGAGGGGCAGGGAUAGUGAUGCGAGGUCAGACGGGGGCCACAGUUAUCCCACAGCCAAAUGCCUUCAAGAACGAUGGUAGCUUCAUGGAGAUGUUUAAGAAGAUGCAGGAGCAGAUGCAGCCGGUCGCGCAAAAACCCACUAGCUCUGUGCUCGAGGAGAAGCCGGUGGUGCCGCCGCCGUUGAUGGUGGGCAAGCGGCGGGGCGGUAGGAUCCUAAAGACCGGUAUGGUGGCAAAACCAAAGACCGAACAGACAGUGGAGCAGCCAAAGGAUGCGUGGUCUCUGUAUAUGGCAGAGGUGAAGAAGUAUCGGGAGGUGUGCUGCCAAGAGGAGGACAACACGCGGCCGUUGGUCAAAUAGCUUCGACACGAGUUCGCGGCAUCCCGUCUUUAUACAUACCUUGGCUCAUUAUUUUUCCUCUAAAAUAGACUCAGUAGUCAAUCGUUAAUUCUUAAAAAGAAAAAAAGAACCAUAAAUACAGAUUCUUCUUCUUGGAGGCAUCUUUCGUUCAUUUUGUUUUUCGCCUAUGAGCUUUUGUACUCACUUUUGUAAGCUCAACGCCAUGAGCGUUUCUCUGAUUAACGAUCUGAACGAAAGAGAACGAAAAAGAAAAGUGCCGUGAGAGAAACGGACUCAUCAUUUGUGAUAUAGUGUCGUGUGUGCUUUGAGAGACGAAUGGACGAGAGCGAGAGAAAAAAAAA